AUGAAUCCUCUGUGCCUUCCACUAACCUUUGUUGUCCGACUCGUUUCCUCUGCACAGGUGAGUCGGCGCGACCCUGAGACGGGCCGGGAGGAGCGGCGGAUGGAGAAGGUGUGGAACAGCACGGUGGUGAACAUCGCUCUCAUGGCUCUCGGCACAUCCGCGCCUGAAAUCGUCAUCGCUGUUGUCGACGCCCUCAAGCACCUCAACCAGGGACCUGGCGUGCUGGGAGCGGGCACAGUUUUGGGUUCAGCAGCGUUCAACCUGAUGGUCAUCUCGGCCGUGUGUGUGGUCACGCCACCCGCCCAUUCCAUCAAGCGCAUCCAGGCCGUUGGUGUCUUCCUCCUUGAGCUCGCAGCCAGCACGUGGGCGUACAUCUGGAUCCUGCUCGUGCUCAAGACCUCAUUUCUCUCAUGUCCUGCUGAAGUGAAAAAAACCAUGUUCUCUCUCUGCUCUGCUCCUUGCAUGGUUCCCUCCCUUCCCAACUGGGCUGUCUGUCACCUGCAGGUCUUCUCCCCUGGCCGUGUCACCAUAGUGGAGGCAUGCAUCACGCUGCUCUUCUUCCCCCUCUUCAUCCUCCUCGCCUACGCCCAAGACCAGCACUGGCAGCACUGGCAGCGCUGGGGGCUGCCCCUGCCUUUCCUGCCCCACCCCACCCCCCGCCCGCCCCGACGCGGCUCCCUCACUCGCUUCAAGAACUAUGGCAGUGGGCAGGCGCUGAUAGCUCCCUCUGCUGCUCAGGGCGGCCGUAAGCUUGCUGCUGGUGGGAAUGCGUUUGGAGCUGGUGCGUGGUGGCGUGCGCUGUGGGGGGACUAUGGAAGCACAGCAGUGGGUGCGGCGGGAGGGAGAGGAGGGGACGGGGUGGGGAAGAGCAGCAGUGACGGUUCGGGAGUGGUGGGGGGAGGGCAGGGAGAGGUGGAAAUGCAGAGGGGGGCGGACGCAGCAAGCAUGAGCAUUGCGGUGGGAGGCGCGGAGGAGGGGACAGGGGAGCAGCAGGCGGUGGAGGGGGGUGGGCAGAGGUCACAUGGGAGCUCGGAUCUGAGUGACUGGGAGCACGUGGGGCGGGUGGAAUCCGAGCAGCAGCAGCAGCAGCAGCAGCAGCAGCAGCAGCAGCAGCAACACGAGGAAGCAUCAGAGGGCAUUUCAAUGGAGCCGGUCACAGCUGAGGGAGGAAGAGUUGAACCAGGCUCUAGGUCCUACUCCCUCAACGUACCACCAGCAUUGCCGGCAGUGACAGCAGUGUCUGCAGUGCCGCAGAGGUCCAGCAGUAGCAACCUGCGGCGCCGGUCAGCUGCUGGAAUGUCCACUGCUGCUGCCAUGCAGCACGACUCACCCGACCAGUCCCUCUCGCGCCGCUUGGGGCAGCAUCUCUGGCUGCGCUCACAGCUCCCUGGCCUCUCUCAUUCGCCAGCUCCCGCCGUCCGACCUACACCCCUUGCCUCCCCAGCCCCGCUCGUUCUCAACCCAGCGCAGCAGCAGCAGAAGCAGCGGCAGCAGAGGGAACACCGGGAGGAAGAGGAGAAGGCGGAGGGGCAUGCAAGUGGAGGAGGGGUGGCUGGUGAUGAGCGAGUGGGGCUGGUUGCAGACGGCGGGCAGUUUGUGGAUCUGUUACAAGAGCACUGGACAUUGCUGGCGCAAUCAGGAGAGAGGGAGGUGUGCCGGUUUGAGCACACUCCUGCAAACACCAACGGAGCCGGCAGCAGUGCUGCAAGCUGCACCACCCCUUCUCCUGUCCAGGCCCUCCACUUCCGGGUGCACACUGCAGAAGCGCUGCAUCUUCAAUUGGAGCUCACCGUUCCUCACUGCCCUUCCCUAGCCAGCAGCAUCUGCACGCAUGCACGACAGCCGUCCACAUCAAACCCCCAUGCCACGUCACCACCGCUGCAGUCAAGCUCAGCAGCAUCCGCUGGGGCUGUCAACGCAUCUGUGACCCCCACGGAACGCUCGUUACAAUCACAGUCUCCUUGGUUUACAGCAGUUGCUUCACUGGCACCCGCUUCAACACAGUCACACACUGCGUACACGUCUUCUUUGUUGUUUGACAACACAAGUGGCGCAGGGCGGAGGUGGGGGUGUGGGGAGGAAGGGUGCAGCGUGGAGGGAGACGUGAGGGCACAGCUACACAUGGGAGUGCGAGUGGAAGCAGGGGAGGGAAUUGAGGAGGUGGAGGUGACAAUCAGUGUGCUGGCUCUGCGCUUGGCAUUGCUGGGACAGUGUGGACUGGGGCUGGGUGGGCUCAGCACAUGCAGAGAGCCGACCUUGUCUUCCCUUCCAAGCAAUCCCGGACUGGGCGAGCUUUGGCUGCAGCAGAUCGAAAGGGCAAUUUCGGUCCCACUGUCAGGUCACCAGAGAGACGUGUCACUGCUGGGCCUUGGAAUCCACUUCAUCUCCUUCUACUGGAAGCUCCUGUUCUCACUCAUCCCUCCACCCUCCCUCAUGCGUGGCUGGCCAGCCUUCAUCCUCUGUCUGUGCUUCAUGGCUGGCAUUUCUUUUCUGAUUGAGGAGUUUGCGAGGCUGUUUGCGUGCACAUCAGGCCUGCACCUCUUCUCGGUUGCCAUUGUCUUCGUGGCUAGUGUAAGUUUUUCUGAGGAGUGA